AUGGAUGAGGGAUCGGCGCUCGGCGGGCUCGCUCCCCAUACCAUCUGGGCUGAAUUACCGUGGACUAGUCCAUUUAAACGCGUCGGCCGGGCCCGUCUCUACAGAUUGUGGCUCUCCCGCGCCACCAAAGCCGGUAAUCUGGGGAAAGAAAGGGUCGAAAGGCGGGCUGAACUGAGAGCCAACAUGAAAAAUAAUCCUGGCGCAUGCAUCGUCGGCACGACAUGCGAGAUGGCGCAUAUGCACGGCAGUUGGGGUUCCUGCAGUUUCUGCGAUUCUAGGGCCAGAGCCACAGUUAGAGGCCAAAAGAGGAAAAUAUAUGACAUCGAGAGUGCCCAAAUACAGACAAAAAUGUGCGGUCAGAAUCCAGUCCCUUCUAGGGUAAGAUACGCUGCCUCCAAGAAGCAAAGAAUGCCACAGCCCUUGCAAUAGCCUGGGCCGCUGAUUCGCAGCCUCGGCUUUGCGGUACUCUCAACAGCAUCAAUGCGCCAUGCAGAGGCUUGGCUUUGACUGCUCAUUUCUUUUCCAUGUUUCUGCGUCGACCUCCGUAUCUUCUCCCCGGUUAAAGAAAUCGAGUCUAGCGACAUUCCAAGAUAGAUAUAUCUUCGAUUCAGCACGGCCUCCAUGUACGACGGGAGUCUUCCCAACCCGCACUGUUGCACUAGGUAACCAAGCUUUGGGAGAAUUAUUGUGGGCAAUCAAAUACUGGU